AUGCGCUUCAUCCACUCAUUCCCUGGGCAAGUCACACAAAAACUCAGCCAAGCAGAAACCAUGUUCCAGGACAUCCGAGCCCAGCAAGAGGCUCAGGGCCUGGACCCAUGGGCGCCGUUUACCAAUGAGGAGGAGUGGGGGUUAGUGAAAUGGUUGGUCUCGUGUGUUGGCCACACUGCAAUAGAUGAAUUUCUAAAACUCCCAAUUAUAACCAUCGACAAACUUCCUCGUGCGACCAAAUGGGAACUGAAGAAGAUCAACAUGGUGGGCAAUAGAACUGCCAAUGAUGGGCAGCGUGAGACGGAGGACCUUGAGUUGUGGUUGUGCAACCCAGUAGACUGCAUUUGCGAGUUUAUGAGCAAUCCAGAGUUUGAUCAAGGGGUGUCAUACGUACCAGAAAGGGUCUUUGCAGAUGAGGAGGGAAAGACGCAGGUGUUUGAUGAGAUGUGGACAGGAGAUUGUCCAUUCUCACAGCAUAGAUUACCCAAAGGGGCGGUUGUUGCGCCAGUGAUCCUGGCCUCAGAUAAAACCUCUCUAUUGCAAUUCCGUGGGGAUCAGGAAGUAUGGCCCGUCUACUUGACACUUGGCAACAUCUCUAAAGACAUUCAACCCAUCCUAAUCGCCUACUUACUCAUAUCCAAGCUGGAGUGCUUCACGCGAAACAUUCAUUCAGGAGUCGAAGUUACUUGCCCAGAUCAUCAAGUACAGCGCCUGUAUCCAAUCGUGGCAGCAUACAUUGCCAACUUUCCAGAGCAAUGUCUCGUUGCCUGCUGUAUGGAAAACAGACAUGACAACCGUGGAGAUAUGAGAGAGUCAGCGCCACGGAGACAAGACACGACAAUGGCAAACUUAUGGCUUCACUCUGAGGGUGAAAUGAGCAGUGAUCAGUUCGAGAGUGAGCUGGGUCUGCAGGCAAUUUACUCACCUUUUUGGGCCGCUCUCCCCCACAAUGAUAUCUUUCUCUGCAUGACCCCUGACAUCCUGCACCAACUCCACAAGGGUGUAUUCAAGGACCAUCUUGUUAGCUGGUGCUCGAAAAUCAUCAGCAAGGAUGAACUCAAUGCACAUUUCAAGGCAAUGAGUUCCUACGCCAGAUUACGGCACUUCAAAAAAGGUAUCUCGAAACGCAAGCAAUGGAUGGGAGCUGACUACAGGGAAUUGGAGUGCGUUUUCCUUUGUGUUAUUGCCGGUGCUGUUGACAACAGAGUACUUGCGUCAUACCAGUCCCAUACUGAAGAAAGCCUGUCUUGCAUGCAAGCCACACUGGAGUUGUUCCAUGCCAACAAGAACAUCUUUGUUGAACAUGGGGUGCAGGAGCACUUCAAUAUACCGAAAAUCCACUCGAUGGUACACUAUGUCAAUUCAAUCUGUUUGUUUGGGAGUGCCGACGGUUUUAACACGGAGCUUCCUGAACACCUCCACAUAGAUUUCGCCAUAUCGUGCUUCCAAUUGCCAUGA